AUUUUGUAUUGUUUGGAAUUGAGUGUUUUCGAAAUGUUGAUAGAAGAAUAGAAAAAGUGCCAAGCAUUUUAUUAUGUAAUAUCGUUAUAUUGGAAUCUUGCAUUUUGAGAGAAUAAGGAAUAAGGAACAAAAUGUUGCGACUCGGUCAAAGAACUUUGACUCGUUUGGCGAGUACUGAUGCAACACAAAAUUCAGCAGCAACAGCAAAUACAAAAGCGAGUAAUCUUAUUGAUUCGAUCGUCAGAGUUGAUCAUGCUGGCGAAUUGGGAGCUGAUAGGAUUUACGCUGGACAAAUGGCGGUUUUAGGCAACUCUUCAGUCGGGCCGACAAUUCGCCAUAUGUGGGAGCAGGAAAAAAAGCACAGGGCCAAAUUUGAGGAGCUAAUUGUAAAGCACCGAGUUCGACCAACUGCCCUUCUGCCAAUCUGGAACGUUGCCGGUUUCGUUUUGGGAGCCGGAACAGCUUUGUUGGGUCCAAAAGCUGCGAUGGCUUGCACUGUCGCCGUCGAGGAUGUCAUUGUCGAACACUACAACGACCAACUCAGAUCUCUCAUGGAAAAUAAGGAGACCGUCGACAAGGAAUUGCUAGAAACAAUCCAGAAAUUCCGGGACGAGGAGCAGGAACAUCAUGACACUGGAUUGGAUCUCGGGGCCAAACAGGCGCCAUUUUACCAGCUUUUGACUAAUUGCAUCAAGUUUGGGUGCAAGACUGCGAUCAAAAUUUCUAAAGUUGUUUAAAAUAUUUUUUUUAUAAGUUGAGGCAUCGCAAAGUCGGCUUAAAAGCACUUUUUUCAAAAAUCGCUCGAUAAGUGUUUUUUUUUUUUAAAUGAGCGUAAGAAAAUUAUUUUGUUUAAUAAAAAAAUUGCAUUUUUUGUUUUUUUGUAACUUUUCAAGUCCGGUACUGAUAUAAAAAUUCUUGAAGUGAGUAACACGGGACUUUAAUCACGCAAAUAAUUCAUAAUAGGUUAGAGGAAGCACCAAAAAUUGUUUAUAAUGUUGAAAAUAUAUAGAGUCAUAGUUUUGGAAUAAAAUGAGUGAGAAAUUAAUAUAAGAUUAGGAAUAGUUUUAAAAAACCUGGAAAACAUGGAAUGUUUUUCGAGAGCGUGCUCAAGUUUUUUUUUCAAUUUGUGAUAUGAAAUUAAAUAAAAACGUUUUCUGAUUU